AUGGCUGUCUUUAAAGUAAAAUUCACAAAAACUAAGAGAGACAAAUUGGCUCAGAUCCUGUGGAUCCUCAACUGGGUUUCUGUAGCGACCGGUGUCAUUCUCUUCAGCCUGGGUCUCUUUCUGAAAAUAGAGAUCAAGAAGCGCAGUGAGGUGAUGGCAAAAGGGGAGAUUAACUCUGUUCCCAACAUGCUCAUCUCAGUAGGGGUCAUAGCUUGCAUCAUCAACUUCCUUGGUGGCAAAAUCUGCUAUGACUGUUCCGACACCACCAAGUUCUCUCGAUGGAGGCUAGUCAUGCUCCCUUACAUUGUGUGCACCUUCUGCUUCACCUUCUGCAUCCUGGUGGGUGCUCUCAUGUGCUACACCAUGAGGAAUGAGCUGGAGGAGUCUCUUUAUCUGGGAUUGAGAGAUGCUAUUAAGUUCUACAAGGACACAGACAUCCCUGGACGGUGCUUCUUAAAGAAAACCAUAGACCUAUUACAAAUUGGAUUCCAGUGCUGUGGAAACAAUGGCUUCAGAGACUGGUUUGAAAUUCAGUGGAUAUCCGUUCGUUAUCUGAAUAUGGCCUCCAAAGAGGUUUUGGACCGUCUGAAAAGUAAUGUUGAUGGGAAGUUCUUGGUGGAUGGAGUGCCCUUCAGCUGCUGCAAUCCAAAUUCACCACGACCUUGUAUCCAAUACCAUCUUACAAAUAACACCGCUCACUAUAAUUAUGAUUUUCUGAUGGAGGAGCUCAAUAUCUGGAUGAAGGGAUGCAGGCAGGCCCUUCUGGAUUACUACACUGAUAUCAUGAGGUCAAUUGGGCUCACAGUGCUCAUCAUCUGGUUGUUUGAGAUCUCUGUACUUAUUGGGGUCCGUUACCUGCAAACAGCAAUGAAGAAUGUUCUCCUAUUGGGUGAUCCAGAGUGUGAAUCAGAUGGCUGGUUACUGGAGAACAGCUUUGUAGAAACUGCCAAAUACAACUUUAGCAUCAUUAAGAACCUUGGCAAAGCUAAUCAGAUCUCUACUGUCUCAGAGAUGAAUGAUCCCAAUAUGGAUGUUCAAACUGCAAACUAUGGUCCUGACAAUGUUCAAUCAAAAUCCAUCCCCACAGCUAGCUAGACAUGACAGAUGCUUUAUUAAAGACCUAAAUAUGGUGAGAUACCUUAACUGCAAUCCUGAAGUUACCAGAUUUUUCACCGGUGGGGACAAAAUGAGAACACUUACUGGGUAACUGGACAAAUCACAGAGUGGUGGCAAGUCCAAAAGUUGAGAAUCCUUGGGCUGGAUAUAGCUUCUGUAGGCCAGAGUUCCUGUCCCCCUGGCUUCUUUACUCACUCUUGUGAAAGCCUCACUUUUUAAUACUGCAUAAAAUGAUAUGGCAUGGAUUAAGUUUUCUCCAAUCUCUCACUGCAUACCCUGCCCCACAUAUUCCUCGCAUGGUCUGAAAAACAUGAAAAUCAGAGCGAAGACUAUAUAGCGGAGGAAAGUCAGAAUGGACACCUACAAAGGAACUACUAUUUCAGUCUUUCUACACUUGAAUUAUAACGUUCUUAAAUAAAUGACAAACUAUCGUCAAGUGAAAGUGCUGUUACAAUAAAAUCCAAGUGAACCUAUUAAAUUUUAGCACCAUGGACAAAUUCCCAGUGUAUUACUGAGCUUCAAAGGGAAUUUAUUAGCUAACCACAAUCAAGUUGAAAUGGUAGAGUGAAGAAAAAGCAAGUUAAUUUUUAAAGAAAAACCCUGAAAUCUGUCUUCAACUAUGACUGCUCUUUCUCACACUUUAGAGGAUUUCAGCGGUCCUUAGUCUUUCAAAAUCAAUGGAAGAUGCUAAAAGAAAUCCCAUUCAAUGAAAUUUUAUACAGGAAAUAAAUUGAAGUCUUAAUGCUAAGGCUAUUAAAUGUUGAAAUUAGAGUCAUACCAACAAUAAAACACACUAACAGAAAGCAAACAGCACUUCUCAUAAGCAGAUGUAUUGUAGAAUAAGAUAUAUUCACUUCUUCUUGCCCUCACCCCCACAAAAAUCCCCUACUCUGUCCAAAUAACUGCUACAGAUUUGGGAGGUGAAAUACUGGAGAUUAUUUGGGCCCAGUGAAGACAGAAUGGCACUCUCUUUCCCAUUCUGUCACUUUCCUAGAUGACCAGCCUGGUCCUUUGAAUGUUGGUGUGAGAUUCAUCAAUAGCAUGACAAUAUAUUGCACACAUCACAUACUAAGCUGAUUAAUAUGUAACUAAAGAUACAGAACAGGCCAAAUAAAACAUUUUUACUUCAUACUUUGUUA